CCCGCUCCGCCCGGAGCGCCCUUCUCCCGCCGCCGCCGUUACCGGCGCCGCUCCAGGUAGGCCCGACCUCCGCCCCCCCCCACCCCCAAUACCCCCCGCUUUCCCUUUACCCGCUCCCCGCGCGCCAUCCGCCGCCCUCUUCCACCCCAACCGCGAAGCCGCGGCCUUGCGUAGCGCCGCCGUCCCGCCCUGCGCCGCCCGCCGCCGGCCGCGCCCUCACGCCAGCCCGAGGCCUAAGUGCGGCCUACUGCGGCCUAGGCCGCGGCCUGCGCGCCGCGCCGCCACUGGGGGGGGGAGGGGGGUGCCGCCGCCCCUCCCCCCCCCGCACCGCCACCACCGCCGGGACCGGAGCCGGGGGGGGGGGAUGGGGGGUGGCGGUGCCGCGUGACGCACGUUGCCCCCCCCGCUCCCCCCUCACCACGGGGGGGUUGGGGGGGGGGGGCGGCGGUUAUUUGUUAUUUUUCGAUUUUCUUUUUUUGUAAUUUUUGGGGCUGUUCUGAUUUUUUUCUGAAAUCCGCCGCCGUUCGCGGAGUUUAUUUUUUUUUUUUGUUUUAUUCAUUUUUAUUUUUCCGGCGAUUCCGAUUUUUUGUUUUCGGCCCUUUUUUUUUUUUUUUUUUUUCUUCCUCCCGCGUUUUUCCCUUCCCCAAAAAGGGCCCGGUUGGAGCCGCGGCCCCUCGCGGGGGGCGGUCCCGGUUUGGGGGCUCCGGUACCGGCGCGCUUUGAGGCCGCCUCCCCCCCCCGCCCCCCCCGCGUGUUUUCGCAGCCGCGGCCGCACCGUUUCUCUCGGUCGGGCCCGGCCCGCUGUUCCCCCCCAGCUCCACUCCCCCCAUUUCAGGGCCCCCCUCCCCCCCGAUUUCUUCUCUUCCCCUCGCUUCCCUGUUCGGGCCCCCCCCCCCCCCGUGCUUUGGCCCCUCGUUUUGUUCUCCCGGGCCCAUUUCCAAGCUGGGUCACCCCCCCGCCUCGUGUUUCUCCCCCACGUCCCUUUCUGGGCUCCCGUUCACCUCCGGGUACCCCCGCGGGGCUCCGUUCUUCCCCAGAACUGCCUUCGGUUUGGAGCAGCGCCCCCCAGCCUCGUUAGGGCCGAGCCUCCCCCCCCUCCCCCCCACGUGCGCUGGGCCGAGCGCGGCCCGGAGCUGAGGAGAAGUUCGGGGAAGUUUCCCGGCUCAGCCCCUCUGCCCGCCCCGCACCGCGACGACCCCCGCGGCUCCGCACCGCCUUUUGUCCCCGAGCGGCUCGUUGGACCGGCAGAUCCGCUGCGAAUGGAUGCAGACACGGCAGCGUGCUGAGCUGGGGGAGGAGCUGCCGGGAGCCCCGAAAUGCCCCAAAUGCCGCGUCUGGGGCUCCGUGCUCCCCCAGCCCCACUUUUAGCCCUACUUUGGCUGUGCGGCUCUGACCCAAAAUGUGGAGUUUUUGGGAGCCUUCACUGCUCACGGCAGCAGAAACCUCCACUGCCAGCAGCUUCCCCUUAAAAGAGCAUUCGCUCGGAGCUUGGCACGGCCCUGUGAGAUUAAUCCCCCUGCCCUUGCCCUGCUCUGCCCGGCUCAGUCCUUCACCGGGUUUGGUUAAACUUUGAUGGGGCACUGAGCUGAUGAAAGCAGAGCAUGGCCGCAAUUCAGUUUAUUUAGUUGGGUUGUUUGUAGUGUUUUUUUUGUUUGUUUGUUUUCUUUUUGUGAGGGAGGUGAGAGUUAAACAGACAUUUUGCUGAGCUGCUCCAGCUCUUAGGCUGGCUGUGGUGUUUUGCAACUGCUGUCGGCUCGGGCCGCAGGUUGUUUGAAACCUGAUCGUGGGCUCAUGUGGCCUUAUCUGCUUUGGGUAAAUCAACUUGGGAGCUGGGCUGAAAGCCCUCAGCGCAGGCGGAGCUGGGAGAAAGCUUUUUUGUUUUUUACCCUCCCUCCCCUCAACAACCCGGCUCCCCGAGUGGGUGAAACCAGAGGGAAACAGGGCAGCAGCUGUGUGUGCCUACACGUGGCUGCCUGGGGAGGCUCCUCGUUGGGUUAAGGUGGAGAGGCUUCGAGUUGAGCUCCCACUACCCAGCGACCAAAGAUCUGACCGCUGACAAAGCCUGACCUGACCCAACGCAGCCCAAGAUGGACACCGGUGUCAUUGAAGGUGGAUUAAAUGUCACGCUCACCAUCCGGCUACUCAUGCAUGGAAAGGAGGUCGGCAGCAUCAUUGGGAAGAAAGGGGAAUCCGUGAAGAAGAUGCGCGAGGAGAGUGGUGCUCGCAUCAACAUCUCAGAAGGGAACUGCCCCGAGCGGAUCAUCACCCUUGCCGGCCCCACCAAUGCCAUCUUCAAAGCUUUUGCGAUGAUCAUUGACAAACUGGAAGAGGACAUCAGCAGCUCCAUGACCAACAGCACAGCUGCCAGCCGGCCCCCGGUCACCCUCCGACUCGUGGUGCCUGCCAGCCAGUGCGGCUCCCUGAUUGGAAAAGGAGGCUGCAAGAUCAAGGAGAUACGAGAGAGCACAGGGGCACAGGUCCAGGUGGCAGGAGACAUGCUGCCCAACUCGACCGAGCGAGCCAUCACCAUUGCUGGGAUCCCACAGUCCAUCAUUGAGUGCGUCAAACAGAUCUGCGUUGUCAUGCUUGAGUCUCCCCCGAAGGGCGUCACCAUCCCGUACCGACCCAAGCCAUCCAGCUCUCCCGUCAUCUUUGCAGGCGGUCAGGACAGGUACAGCAGCGGCAGUGCGAGCUACCCCCACACCGCCCCAUCCAUGUGCCUCAACUCUGACUUGGAGGGACCACCUCAGGAGGCCACCCGGCAGCCACUGCAUGGCAACGAACUUGGGCCAAUUCCAGCCUGGGCUGCAGUUCUUCCGGCCUAUACCAUUCAAGGACAGUAUGCCAUUCCACAGCCAGAUCUGACCAAGCUGCACCAGUUGGCAAUGCAACAGUCACACUUUCCAAUGUCUCAUGGCAACACUGGAUUCAGUGGCAUUGAAUCCAGCUCUCCAGAGGUGAAAGGCUAUUGGGGUUUGGAUGCUUCUGCUCAAACCACCUCUCAUGAACUCACCAUUCCAAAUGAUUUGAUUGGCUGCAUCAUUGGGCGUCAGGGCGCCAAGAUCAAUGAGAUCCGCCAGAUGUCCGGGGCGCAGAUCAAAAUUGCCAAUCCAGUGGAAGGAUCUACUGACAGGCAGGUUACCAUAACUGGAUCUGCAGCAAGCAUUAGCUUGGCCCAGUAUCUAAUCAAUGUCAGGCUCUCCUCCGAGACCGGGGGCAUGGGAAGCAGCUAGGAGGGCCCCGGCACGGCCUGCGGACCCUCGGCCUCACCUCACCAUCCAUCUGUGUAGUCCCUUAGCAGCAGCCCCAGGUUUUAAACUAGUUUGUACAUUUUUGGGUUCCUCCCAUUGCUCAGCGGAUCCUUUUCCGUUUCCGUUUCAUUGAUUUUUUUUUUUCUUUUUUUCUUUUAUUUCGGGGGGUAUUUUUUUUUGUUUUUUUUCUCCUCGUCGUCGGUUUCAUUUUGGUUUCCAUCGCAGCGUUUUAUUUCCUUUCCGCUCCGCCGCAGAGCGCCCAUCUUAGUUUUAUUAAAGCUUCUCUCUCCCCUCCUCUGCCCCCCCCGCCCCCCCCCCCCCCCCCCCCCCCCAUCCCUUUCCCCCCCACCCCUCUUUUUCGGCUCAUGAAGUUUCUGUUGGUCCCAUUGUUACGAGUGGAUGAGCGACAUUUCAGUUCAGUUCUGUAACGGCAGGAGAUUUUUCAGAAAAAAAAACAAAAAAAAAGAAAUAAUAAUAAUAAAAAAAAGAUGGACUGGAGCCUUUCCUUGUGAAUAGAAACCGGAGCCUAUUUUGGUUAAUGGA